UCCUUAACCAACUAGGAUUGAGAUUCUAAAAUGAAUAUUAGAAUGAUUAAUGAUAUAAUUAGCUAGAAGUAGAACUCAAAGGAAAUAUAACCUAAGCCCUCAAAGAUUUCUAGAGUAACCUCAACUAAACCAAAUUGCAUAAAAUAACCUGUGAAUGUAGGAAAAGCAGAAACUAUAAUAUGAUCAUCGUGUAUGAAAUGUUGAAAAUUUGAAAUUUGCUAAAAUGGAAGUUAUACAACAGUGCUGAGACUGACUUUAUGAAGUUACAGACUGUCGUUCCCUAGUUAUUUGGAGUUUGUCCGUACUCAAUUCUUUAGGUGGCUACAGCUUCGCUACAUAGGUAUUAAAAUAUCCAUCAACUCUAAAUUCUUGAUUUUGGGGUUAGGGUCAAGGUCAGGGGUUCAAAUUUCCAUCAUAGCUAAGGACUUUAAAGGUGACAAAUACCAAACAGAAAUACAAAUUGUUUAAUAGUUCUAGUCCCUUCUAUUUCUCAGAUUCCUGUUUUAAUAUAAGAUAAGCUUCAUACUGUCCUGUUUAUGAUAAAAUUUUCAUCUCUGAUUUCUUUAAACUGUUAUGUUUCUUUGUAGUUGCCAUCUUAAACUGGUUCCCUCACAUGUGAUGAUGGGUUCCCUCACGUGCAAUGAUGGAUAUGCUUCCACUUUUGGCUUAGUAACUUUUUAUUGUUUUUUCAAACAUUGUGUUUAUCAUGCAGGUGGUCGUGUUCGGCAUGCAUUCAUUGGCAUUGGAUUUCGAGAGAGAACAGAGGCUUAUGAUUUUCAGGCAGCACUGCAUGACCACAUGAAAUAUCUCAACAAAAAGAGAACCGCGGAAGAGAUGGAGCAACAAUUCCAAAAUACUUCCUCAGUUGACUAUAGUUUAAAAGAGGGGGAGACCCUAGUACUUCAAAUAAAAACUAAAGGUGGCUCAAGUGCAAAAUCCAAGAUCUUGGAGCAGGGUAUUAGCAAUCUCUCGAUAGAAGACAAGGGUAAGCAAAAAGAGGCCGUGAUCUCCAUCAAACCACCACCGCCUCCUCCAACACCGCUAUCCCCUGCAAGUACAGUUGAGAAGGCUUCAAAUAAUUUCUCUCAAAAACAUAGCGAAGGGGCAAGUUCCGAAGGAGGCACAAAGCCAAAACAAGAAGACCGUUCUCUUGAAAGUCAAAGCACAGAAGACAUACCAGAUGAUGAUUUUGGGGAUUUUCAAGCUGCUGGGUAGAACACUCAACUAGACAAUAAUGCCAUACUCUUGUAAUACAAGGAACAGUUUAUUGUUUCUUCUUGUGUAGUUGGGGAUUGUUAUGAUUGAAAUUAGAAUUGCAGCAUUGUAUACGCGGAAAUGUUUGGUACGUACUUCAAAUGUAGAGAUCAUUCAAAGAAAACACCAUCCAGUAUGAUUCUUUUGAUGGGAUUCAAUGAUUUUACUAGUAUGGUAAAGAUGGUAGUGUAAUGUAGAAAAGUGAAAAUCAACGUAUUCUAAACUA